AAGAAUCCCAGCCGCUAUCUUCCUAAGUGUGUAAUCAUCUUUUAAUUCAUUUUUGAAGGGUAUGACUCAACAUCAAGCGGUAUUCCUCCGUCUUCCCUCCCCACUAUCCCCUCGACAACUAAAUCUUCACCCCUCCACACCCCUCUCCUCUCUCAUCCCCGAAUCAUGGGACGCAUACAUCCGUACCGCCUCUCGUAUCCUCGACCCUCAGGCGACUGUGGGGGAUCUACAUGAUGACAGAGGUUCUUACCAUCCGAUAAGCUUGGAGGUAUGUGCCAGAAUACGAGGAGGAAAAGGAGGCUUUGGGACACAAUUACGGGCUGCGGGAGGGAGGAUGAGUGCUGGUAAGACGAAUACCGAUUCUUGUAGGGAUCUGUCAGGAAGAAGGAUAUCUACCCUGAAAGAGGCUCAAAGACAAGCAGAACUGCUCGAAUCAGCCCCAGCGAUCAAAGCAGCUGCAGCCGCCGCGGAAAAGGCAAAGCUGGAAGCUUUAGAACGAAAACUCGGUAUUGUCCCUCCUUCCCGCACCGGAGAAUCCAGCUCUUCCGGGGACUCCAAUGGUAAAAGAAUGGCAGAGGUGGAUUUGGAAGAAUUGGCCAAGAAGAAACACAAGUUUGAUGAUCAUGCGUUUUUGGAGGAAAGUAGGGAGAUUAAUGAGAAUGUCAGGUCUGCCGUUUCCAUGGCCAUGUUACUGAAAAAGAAGAAAAAGCCUAAACCGAAUGCUACUCUGGUUUCGAAGGACAAAGAUACACUUUCGAUGCCACCUCCCAUAACCACCGCUAAAGCUACCCCUGCAUGAAUCCGUUGUACUGUUACAUUCAUGUAUCUCUGCAUAAGC